AUGGAGAGCCGGAUCAGACCGCUCGGCCUGUCCGCCGCCGGCCCGCUCGGAGGCCUCCAGGUGCCUCCGUCCUUGCUGCGGCCUCCUCCUCCGCCUCCUCUCUUCCUCCGGGCUUGCAACCCGGCGCUGGAGAGGGGAUACCCGCGGACCCCGAAGUGCGCCAGGUGCAGGAACCACGGCGUCGUGUCCGCGCUCAAAGGCCACAAGCGCUUCUGCCGCUGGAGGGACUGCGUGUGCGCAAAGUGCACGCUGAUAGCGGAGCGGCAGCGGGUGAUGGCCGCGCAGGUGGCGCUCAGGAGGCAGCAGGCCCAGGAGGAGAGCGAGGCCCGGGAGCUGCGGCUGCUGUACCCCGGAGGGGACGCGGGGAUCCCACAGGGGUCACCGGUAGGAGCCGGUGUUCCUGCAGCCUCCACCGGAGCUGCUCCGUGUUUUGACGUUUUUGGAGCCGAGAACCACAAAGACGAUGACAAAUUAAACAAGUACAACUUCUAUAACGGGUUCAUGGGUCGCCCCCUCUUCGCCCCCCGGCUCUCCUCUCCCACCGACCACAAACAGCAGCAGCUGUCUCCCAGCAGGGACGGCUCCGCUCCGCUCCCCGGCGACAGCGCGAGUCCGUCCCCGGUGUCCGACCAGCGCUCAGACCUCACAGACAGCCCGCACAGGUCGCUCUCCUCCUCGGAUCCGGAGUCGUCCGGCAGCGAGUGUGAGAAGAAGGACUACCCGAGCCUGGAGCGGGACCCCACCGACAUCAUGGCCAAGAUCUUCCCGCAGCAGAAGCGGGACACGCUGGAGUCGAUGGUGAGAACGUGCCGAGGCGACAUCGUGAAGUCCAUCGAGCUGGUGCUGAGCUCCAAGGACAACAAACUGGACUCUGACGGCUCGUCCGGCCUCCAGGGCGCGCUCAGGCCCUCCGUCGGGCUGCCCGGUGCGCUCGGAGCUCUGGGGAGCAAGUCCGCCUUCUCCCCGCUGCACAUGCCUCCGGUGGCGGGAGGAGACGGUCUGUUCGGCCUCGGCCCGCGCCUCGGGGUCAGCCCCCUGCGGCUCGCCUACUCCUCUGCCAGCGGCGGCGUGGCGGGCUUCAUGUCCCCGUACAUGAGCUCCGGACUGAUGCCGAUGUUUCCGCUGCGCCCUGCGCCGCUGGACUCGUAUUCCUUCCCGGGGAUGAUCCGGGACCUGUCGUACCUCCAGAGCAAAGAGUCAGUGUGCAGCUCGGGCCUUUACACCAGACUGAGCAGCGACAAAUGA